AUGGAGCCCCCCGCCGAGGAGGACGCGGCGGCCCGGCAGCGGGAGGAGCCCCCGGAGGCCCGCGGCGGCCCGCGCCCGGCGUCGGUGCCCGCGGACCGGCUCCUGCAGGCGGCGCUGCUGCGGGGGGCGCGGCCGGGCCCGGGCGCCGAGGGCGGCUGCUGCGCCAAGUGCACGAAGCGGGUGCAGUUCGCCGACGCGCUGGGGCUGAGCCUGGCGAGCGUGCGGCGCUUCAGCGAGGCCGAGGAGCCGCGGGUGCCGCCCGCCGUGCUGCUGCGCCUCGGCGGCCGCCCCCCGCGCGCCCGCGCCCCGGCGCCGCGCCCCCGCCUGCGGCCGCUCUUCCAGCUCCCGGGGCCGGGCGCGGCGGCCGAGCGCCUGCGGCGGCAGCGCGUGUGCCUGGAGCGCGUGCAGUGCUCGGCCGCCGGGGGCGCGGAGGUGACGGGCUCGGGCCGCGUGCUGGGCUGCCCGGGGCCGCGGGCCGUGGCGGUGCGCUACACCUUCACCGAGUGGCGCUCCUUCCUCGACGUGCCGGCCGAGCUGCAGCCCGAGCCCGCGGAGCCGCGGCGGCCCGAGGCGGCGUCGGGGGCGCGCGGGGACGCCGAGCCGGAGCGGGAGCCGGGGCCGGGGCCGGGGCCGGGGCCGGAGCCGGAGCCGGGCGCCGAGCGCUUCCACUUCUCGCUGAGCCUGCCGCCCGGCCUGCAGCCCGAGGCCGGGGACGCCGCCGUGCACUUCGCCGUGCGCUUCCGCUGCGCCCAGGGCGAGUACUGGGACAACAACGCGGGCGCCAACUACACGCUGCGCUUCGGGCGCCCCCCGGACGCGCCCUGAGCCCCGCACCUGCCCGCGCCCCCGGGGCCGCGCGCCCAG